GUGUAAAUUAUUUGCCAUCUCUUUUUUUUAAAGAUACACCUUCAGAAACUCAAGAAAGAACUACCCCAAACAUUAAUCCUUCGAAUAUUGCCUCCAAUGAUAGUAAUAAUAAUACUAAUAAUAACAAUAUUAAUCAUAAUACUAGUAACCAAUCAUUAGAGUCAGAUACAUUAGUAUUAGAAAUUCUAAGAAGGGAUAAAGAACAAACAGAAAGGGAGAAAGCAAAUAAAGCUCUCAGAAAAGAAGUAUUAGAUUUUGAAAGAGAAAUCAGAGAAUCUGAACGUUCAGAAAGACAAAUAAGAGAAAGACAAGAAAGAGAACGUUUAGAAAUUUUAGAAAGAGAAAGAAUAAUAAGAGAGCAACAAGAAUGGGAACGUACCCAAUAUUUAUUAAGAAUUGAAAGAGAGCAUCAAGAAAGGGUACGUCAAGAAACAUUAGAGAGAGAAAGAAUGGAAAGAGAGAGAAUUGAAAGGGAGAGAAUAGAAAGAGAAAGAAUAGAAAGGGAAAGAGUUGCAAGAGAGCAACAAGAAAGGGAACGUGCCCAAACUUUAUUAAGAGAAAGGGUACGUAGGGAAGCAUUAGAAUUAGAAAGAUCACAAAGAGUUGCAAGAGAGCAACAACAAUUGUAUUUGGAAGAAGCCCGUGAAUAUCAUCGUUACCUUAAUUCAUUAAAUGAAAGAUUAGAUGUAUUACUUCAACAAAGGGCAAAUAGAAAAAAUUCAGAAAGAGAACAAAGAAACAGAGAACGUGCCCAAGAACCACAAACACAAGAAGAAAUUCAAAGGGUACGUAGACAACAAUUUGAAACUUUAAGAUUGCAACAGGAAAGAUUACAACAAAUUAGAUUGCAACAAGAAAGUCAACCACAACAAAUGGAACAAGAUGAAAACGAAAACAUCUGCACAGUUUGCUAUAAUCAGGUAGAGGCCAUUAAUAGUGCAUCAAUUGAUUGUGUACAUAAAUUUUGCUUUGCAUGCAUUACUCAAUGGUAUUCUCGUACUAGAUCCUGUCCAACUUGCAGACGACCAAUUUCAAAUAUUAGAAGAGAUAAUCAAAAUGAGGGAUUAACAUAUGAUGCUAUGAACAUAGAUUAA